AUGAACGUAGCACAGGCCCCAAUAACGGCUCCGCCGUCGAAACAGCAGCAACAGGACUCAGUCAAAACGGUGGAGAUUCCAGAGCCUGAAACACUUGCACAACUGGAACAGCUUCUCAAUCGGUACCGUGCCGUGUUCCAGGAUGCAGACUCAAAUCGAGUAGAAGUUGACGCGCUGGAACGUGUAUUCAGCUCUAUUUCGCAACAGCAAGAUGAAUUUGUUGCCAAACUACAAGAAUUACGGCAAGCUAUGGAGAAAGAGGCUUCAUGCUACGACGAUAGGGUAUUUCAAAACCAGCUGGUAGCGCUUCAGCUGCUAAGCAAAGAUAUGGAUCUUCCCGAAGGGCUUCUCGACGAUGAAAAAGAUCAAGGGGAUCUUGCGCAGAAAUCCGUUUCCGAGGAUAAAACGAUGUCAACGGCCCUUGAAGAGGUUCCAGAGCUUUCACCUUUAAAACUGUCGCUAAAUUUCGAUGAGAACGCUAAGAACUUUGGAUUAGGCGACAAGUUCUUCAAUUUCGAAAUCAACAAGGGUAAGAAAAGCCUGGGUUCUCCAGAGAUCGAGAACACGAUCGUGUCACGUAUUGCCCAAAGGAUUUCAGAGCUAGAACGGAUGCCCGCCAAUUUGGGUACGUAUGCACUUUCCGACAGUUUGCAGUUCACAGCGAAAGACGACGUGCCCUCCAGCGUAGACGACCUCAAAUUAAAAGCGCUGGUGGAGCUAAGAGCACUGAAGCUUUUGACGAAGCAAAAGUCUUUGAGACAAAAACUGAUCAUCAAUGUGACAAGCCAGGCCCACAACAACGUUCCUUCGCUUCGAGACUCUCCAUAUACCAUGGCUGCUCAAAGGUCGGUACAAAUACGGAAUAAGGUCAUCGUUCCCCAGACUGCGAGGUUAGCAGAAGAGUUAGAAAGACAGCAGUUAUUGGAGAAACGUCGAAAAGAGCGGAACAUUCACAUGCACAAGGUAAACAAAAUUCUGGCCCAUGUUCAUGAGCAGCAAACAACGCAGUCCACGCAGAGAGAACGUAGCGUCCAAUUUGGUAAGCUAUGCGCCACUCUGCAUAAUCAAACGGAAAAGGAUGAACAGAAGCGUGUGGAGAGAACAGCCAAACAGCGUUUGCAGGCAUUAAAGUCCAAUGAUGAAGAAGCGUAUCUCAAGCUGCUGGAUCAAACAAAAGAUACAAGAAUCACCCACUUGCUUAGACAAACCAACACAUUUCUGGACUCUUUGGCUCAAGCAGUUAAGGUGCAGCAAAAUGAGGCCAAACUCAAGCGCGGUGAGGAUGUUGGUCCUUUGACAGAUGAAGAAAGAGAGAAAAUCGAUUACUAUGAAGUUGCUCACACUGUCAAGGAGCAAGUAGUGAAGCAGCCAUCUCUUUUGGUAGGAGGAAACCUCAAAGAGUACCAAUUAAAAGGUUUGGAAUGGAUGGUUUCGCUCUAUAAUAAUCAUCUGAAUGGUAUUCUGGCUGACGAAAUGGGUCUGGGUAAAACAAUUCAAUCGAUUUCGCUGAUUGCGUACCUAAGAGAAAUAAAGAACGAACCUGGUCCAUUUUUGGUAAUUGUACCCCUUUCGACUAUAACCAACUGGACGUUGGAGUUUGAGAAGUGGGCACCAGCUCUUAAAACGAUCGUCUAUAAAGGAACGCCGAACCAACGGAAAAACUUGCAACAUCAAAUCAGAUACGGUAACUUCGAAGUUCUACUCACGACUUAUGAAUACAUCAUCAAAGAUCGCUCUCUUCUAUCAAAACACGAUUGGUCCCACAUGAUUAUUGAUGAAGGACACAGAAUGAAAAACGCUCAAUCGAAACUUUCAUUCACUCUAACCAGAUAUUACAGAACCAGAAAUAGGUUGAUUCUGACCGGUACACCACUACAGAACAAUUUGCCAGAACUUUGGGCUUUGCUCAACUUUGUUUUGCCAAAGAUUUUCAAUUCGGCCAAAACGUUCGAUGAAUGGUUUAACACCCCCUUUGCCAACACCGGUGGCCAAGAGAAGCUGGAAUUGACUGAAGAAGAAAUGCUUCUGAUUAUUAGGAGACUGCAUAAAGUUUUGAGACCUUUCUUACUGCGUCGUCUGAAAAAAGAGGUGGAAAAAGAUUUGCCUGACAAGGUUGAGAAAGUUAUCAAGUGUAAGCUGUCUGGUCUACAACAGCAAUUAUAUGAACAGAUGUUGAAGCAUAAUGCGCUAUUCAUUGGAGCUGGCGCAGAGGGCGCUACUAAAGGAGGUAUCAAAGGUCUGAACAACAAGAUCAUGCAGCUUCGAAAAAUUUGUAACCAUCCUUUUGUCUUUGAUGAGGUGGAAGGCAUCAUAAAUCCCACUAGAAACAACGGUCCUCUCCUUUAUCGUGUUGCUGGUAAAUUCGAAUUGCUAGAUCGUGUUCUACCGAAGUUUAAGGCUUCGGGCCAUAGAGUUCUGAUGUUCUUCCAGAUGACCCAGGUUAUGGACAUCAUGGAAGACUUUCUGCGAAUGAGGGAUUUGAAGUAUUUGAGACUAGAUGGUGCUACGAAAACUGAUGAACGUACCAAUAUGCUCAAGGAAUUCAACGCCAAAGAUUCAGAAUAUUUUUGCUUUUUACUUUCGACGAGAGCUGGUGGUCUUGGUCUCAACUUACAAACAGCCGAUACAGUCAUCAUUUUCGACACCGACUGGAAUCCUCAUCAGGAUUUACAAGCUCAAGACAGAGCCCAUAGAAUUGGCCAGAAGAAUGAAGUUCGUAUCUUGAGACUGAUAACUACCGACUCGGUGGAAGAGGUCAUCUUGGAAAGAGCGAUGCAAAAAUUGGAUAUCGACGGUAAGGUCAUUCAAGCUGGUAAGUUCGACAACAAGUCGACGGCCGAAGAACAAGAAGCCUUUUUAAGAAGACUGCUGGAGAACGAGACUGUAAAAGAUGAUAGCGAGGAAGCCGAGCUGGACGAUGAGGAGUUGAACGAAAUUUUGGCUCGCAGUGAAGAGGAACGAGUGCUGUUUGAUAAAAUGGAUCAAGAGCGGGAGGCUACCGAACGGAAACUGGCAAAAGCACAGGGAUUGGCGGUGCCCCCAAGCAGACUUAUCCAGCCGGCCGAAUUACCAGAGGUCUUCACCGAGGAUAUCAGCGAGCAUCUAAAUGUUGAACCUGCCGCAGUAGGAAGGGUGAGAGAACGUAAAAGGGUUUACUAUGACGAUGGGCUAACGGAAGAGCAAUGGCUCCAAGCGGUAGAUGACGACGCCGACUCGUUGGAAGCUGCUAUAACGAGGAAACGACAGUCAAGAGAACGCCGGCAAAUUAAUAAGCAUUGGAAAGAAGCUGACGCUGAUGAAAUAGGCAGCCUGGAGCCAACGCCAGGACUAGACAUUGUCGAUACAAAUGAGAAACGGACCAGGCCCAAAAGGAGGGCGAACGAGACCGAGCCUUCAGCAGAGCAGGUUGGUGGGGAGCAAGAUAACGCCGAGGAGCCUGCCAAGGCCGAGGAGCGUGGCGCUAAAAAGCAGAAACUAACUGUCAAACUUUCGCUUAAGAAAAAGAAGGGCCAGAAUUCUGAUGCCACACCGAACGGGUCCGCGGAAGCUCAGCCUAAUGGAACGACAGACGAGAAAGAAACGAAGCCUGCCAACGCUUCUCGGUCCAAAAGCAAAGGCCCGAAAAUGACUAAAAAGUCUAUUGCUUGUCAGUUUACACCUCAAGUCGAGCAGCUAUUCAAGGAAAUGCGAGAGCAGCUAGAUGAAAACGACGAACAUUCUAGGGCGUCCAUUUUCGAAUCGCUUCCGUCCAAGAAACUUUAUCCCGACUACUAUGCUCUUAUCAAGACCCCGCUGGCAUUGGAUACAAUAUUGAAGAAAUGCAAGAAGGGUCAAUACGAGUCACUUGUAGAAGUGCAUCAAGAUUUGAUGACAAUGUUCGACAAUGCUCAAUUUUACAAUGAAGAGGGCUCUUGGGUCUACAACGAUGCUGGAGAGCUUCGGACUUUCGUGAAUGCAUGGUUCGAAACCAACAAAUAG